AUGUAUAAAUAUGUUAUUUUAGAAUGUUCACCAUUUAAUUAUAUUGAUACUGUUGGUGUUAAAUUACUGAUUCAAAUAUUCAAUGAUUUGAAAAAACGAGGUAUUACAUUAUAUCUAAGUGAAUGUCGAUAUGAAGUUCGUCAUACACUAGAUUCAAUGAAAUUUUAUGACAAAACAGAAUUUCAUAUAAUUUAUGUAACAACACAUGAUGCGGUGUUGUCUGCAGUAAAAGCAUUAAAUGAUGGUUCGAUUUAA